CUCGAACAUUUAAAACUGGAGAUGAAUACAUAUAUAUGGAGGUGGAUACAUACACAUAUACACAUGUUUAUUUUGUGUGUGCAUAUACAAUAUAUGCAGGCAUGCAUGUAUAUAUGAAAGAGAAGCUUGGGAAAGGGGACCCCAAAGUGAAAGAAAAAAAGAUUUUCGGUCACCCCUUCUUCCCCAGCGUCACGUCCCAACUCUCUCUUUUUUUUUUCUUUUUUUUUUUAAUGUAUCCCAAAAAGAAAAUUUAAGGGGUGGGUCCCCCAUCUCCUCAGGUAUAAAUAUAUAUAUAUAUGCCCCCAGUCUCUCCUAUCUCCUUAAAAACCCAUCCCCAUUCCCAACAUCCUUGAGAACAACAAACACACAGACAAACACCCAAACACCCAAAACCCCCCCUGUCUAUCUCUCUCUCUGAACUGCCCGAUCACUAGACAACAUAUUUCUCACUUGUAUAUCUAUCUACCAAUAUAUAUAUAUAUAUAUAUAUCUGUCUGUAUUGAUCCAUUAAUUUGCCACCAAGAAUCCAUUCAACCACCAUGUGCAACCCAAAGAAACCAUCUCCUUCUUCUCCUUCUUCCUCGUUUCACUUCUCUGAGGGGGCCAUGUACAUGAACCCCAAUAAGCCACGUGAUGGUGAUGACCUUCCCAUGGCUUUCCAACAUGAUUUGUACAGAUGGCCAACUCCUUCUGAGGCUAUAAAGGAGAUCAAGGCCAUAGGGAGGAUCUCGGGGCCGACCACCAUCACAGGCCUGCUCCUGUACACGAGGGCGAUGAUCUCAAUGCUGUUCCUGGGCUACCUGGGCGAGCUGGAGCUUGCGGGCGGGUCCCUCGCGAUCGGGUUCGCCAACAUCACGGGCUACUCCGUCAUCUCGGGCCUCGCCAUGGGGAUGGAGCCCAUCUGCGGUCAGGCUUAUGGCGCCAAGCAGAUGAAGCUCCUCGGGCUGACGCUCCAGAGGACGGUCCUACUCCUACUCUCGACCUCGCUCCCGAUCGCGUUCAUGUGGAUGAACAUGAAGCAGCUCCUGUUGUGGUGCGGGCAGGACCAGGAGAUCUCGUCUACGGCCCACACUUUCAUCCUCUUCGCGAUCCCGGACCUCUUCUUCCUCUCCCUUCUCCACCCUCUAAGGAUCUACUUGAGGACUCAGAGCAUUACCCUGCCUCUCACUUAUUGUUCGGCCAUCUCUGUUCUCCUCCAUGUUCCGUUGAACUUCCUCCUCGUGGUUUACUUCAAGUUGGGCGUCGGAGGGGUGGGCCUAGCAAUGGCCUGGACCAACCUCAAUCUGUUCCUCCUCCUCCUCGGGUUUGUCUACUUCUCGAGGGUCUAUGAGGACUCCUGGGUGAGCCCCAGCUCCGACUGCCUCCGGGGCUGGUCGUCCCUCCUCGCCCUCGCCAUCCCUACCUGUGUGUCAGUGUGUCUGGAAUGGUGGUGGUACGAGCUCAUGAUAAUUAUGUGCGGCCUCCUUGCCAACCCUCGUGCUACAGUCGCCUCGAUGGGGGUACUAAUCCAGACAACGUCUCUCGUGUACGUCUUCCCAUCCUCACUCAGUCUCGGUGUCUCCACCCGUGUCGGCAACGAGCUUGGAGCUGGCCGGCCAGCCGGGGCACGCAUCUCCAUGAUCGUCUCCCUCCUCUGCGCCGCUGCCUUGGGGCUGGCUGCCGCAGCCUUCACCACUCUGGUGCGGCACCAGUGGGGCAGGCUCUUCACCAGGGACGCCGAGAUCCUGGAGCUCACUGCUGUGGCCCUCCCAAUCGUGGGCCUCUGCGAACUCGGGAACUGCCCUCAGACGACGGGGUGCGGGGUCCUUAGGGGUAGUGCCCGGCCCACCAUUGGGGCCCACAUCAACCUCGGAUCAUUCUACCUGGUGGGCAUGCCGGUUGCGAUAUUCCUAGGGUUCGUGGCCAAGAUGGGGUUCGCGGGGCUGUGGAUAGGGUUGCUUGCAGCCCAAGCUUCGUGUGCCCUGCUCAUGCUCUACGUGCUUGGCUGCACAGACUGGGUAGUCCAAAUGGAGAGAGCCAAAGAGCUUACACAAACCGAAACUAUAGCUCCUAAUAAUCCCUCUAAGUUGCCUAUCAUGGCGAACAAAGAUAACAACAAUAAGGGCAACUCGAGUCCGACUGCAGCAACCAAAAAGGUCCACCUUGAGGAGAUUCUUUGCAUCAAGGAUCCCUUCGUGGCCGGCUCGGCUCCAUCAGAAGCAGACUCACUCAUACCUCCUUCGACAACAAGCUGAUAUAACUUGACACAGUCUUGAUUGACCGGUCGUGUGCGCGCAUUAAUUGAUCCCUAAGCAAUUAACUUGAUCAUCCCCCAUUUUUUGCAGAUCCCCCUUGAUUUUGCCCCUUUUAAUCUCUAGAUAUCGACUGCCAAUUGCGGGUGUCGUCUAUGAUUAGUUAGUUUCUUAUUCGAUUUUGUGGAUUUGUUUUUCUUUUCUCUUCUUUUUCCCUUCCCCUCUCAAUGAUGUGUAUGUAUAUAUUUUAAGGAAAUAAUUAUUAUAUUAUAAAGUUUU